UCAUGCUGGGUUUGAACAAGGUCCUCAGCCUCCGGGCAGCUCGGAUUCAGCGCUGCGGUUCCCCGGGAGCCAGACUCCCAUCCCGGUCUGCCUCGUGCCAGAACCCCGGUGCCAGUUCCAGGAUUUAUUGCGCGUGUCUGUUGCUGCUGCUGCUCGUGACUCCUCGAGUGGACUCGUCUUGGUGGUACAUCGGUGCUUUAGGGGCGCGCGUGAUCUGCGACAACAUCCCCGGCCUGGUGAACAAGCAGCGGCAGCUCUGCCAGCGUCACCCGGACAUCAUGCAGGCCAUCGGCGAGGGAACCAAAGAGUGGAUCAGGGAGUGCCAGCACCAGUUCCGACACCACCGGUGGAACUGCAGCACGCUGGAUCGAGACCACACCGUCUUCGGACGCGUCCUGCUACGGAGCAGUCGUGAAGCAGCUUUCGUCUACGCCAUCUCCUCGGCGGGAGUGGUGUAUGCACUCACCCGCGCCUGCAGCCAGGGGGAGUUGAAGAUGUGCAACUGUGACCCUCACAAGCGCGGACGGGCCAGUGACGACAAAGGGGAGUUCGACUGGGGCGGCUGCAGCGACAACAUCAACUAUGGGAUCAAGUUCGCCAAAGCCUUCAUCGACGCCAAAGAGAGGACGGUCCGAGACGCUCGGGCGCUCAUGAACUUACACAACAAUCAGUGUGGCAGAACAGCGGUGAAGCGUUUCAUGAAGCUGGAGUGUAAAUGUCACGGAGUGAGCGGCUCCUGCACGCUGCGGACAUGCUGGAUGGCCAUGUCGGACUUCAGGAAGACCGGCGACUACCUGAGGAGGAAAUACAACGGGGCCAUCGAGGUGACCAUGAAUCAGGACGGGACGGGCUUCACCGUGGCCAACAAAGCCUUCAGGAAGGCCACCAAGAAUGACCUGGUCUACUUCGAAAACUCCCCGGAUUACUGCCUGCAAGACAAAUCGGCAGGUUCCCUCGGCACGGCCGGGCGAGUCUGCAAUCGGACGUCGCGCGGAACGGACGGCUGCGAGGUCAUGUGCUGCGGCCGCGGGUACGACACCACCCGAGUGAAGCAGAUCACCAAGUGCGAGUGCAAGUUCAAAUGGUGCUGCGCCGUGGAGUGCAAGGACUGCGAGGAGGCCGUGGACAUACACACGUGCAAGGCCCCGAAACGAGCGGAAUGGUUGGACCAGACCUGAGGACGCCAUCCCGUCCCCUUUACUUGCUCCCUGCAAUGCGACCCCACCCCUUUCCCCCUUUUUGCAGGACAUCCUGUGAAACAUGGCAUUCUGGGAAAGUUUGUCCAAACGUGCACUGCGUCUCCAGCCUCCACUCCCUCCCCACAGCUCAACUCAUUGCAUGGCUUUUGUACCUGUCUGUGAAAAGCACUAGAAUUCAGUCCCCGUCAAUAUGAACGAACGGCCACCAGCCCCCGUUUGCGACCGGCCCUGCAGCUGAACUGCAGCCGUCAGAUGAACAGAGAUAACAUGUGGGGUCUGGGUGGAUGGGGAUUCCCUUCAUUUCAGUCCAGAUAACUGUUUUUCUAGGGUUUAAAAAAAUGGUUUGCGCCUUCCAUGAUGCUUUAAAGACAUGUUUUUAACAUUAUCUGAGCCUUCAAACAUAUCCAGUAUUAUUACAACAACAUCAUAUACUCACCUAGUUUUGUUUCAUUUUUUUUGUGGGGAUUUACAUUUUUAUCUACCAAAAAGAGUACAUUGGGUGGACUGUGGGAGUAGCUUGAUAAGUGCAAUUUCAGAAGUGGACAUCUAAGCCUGUGUUUGGUUCUGUGUGGCUAAACCGGAGUCCAGGCAAAGGACUACCAGAGGACGAGGAGAUGAUGGACACUAGAUG